GGUGGACUUGAUCACUAUCAAAAUUCACAAUAUUCAAUAUUCACAUUUCACCGUGUCACUGUUGAGUCUCCGAUUACUUUGAUAGUUUGAUCUGUUUACCAAAAUUUAGGUACUGCAUUCUAUCCGGUAUUCGACUCGGAUUAUAUAUGUUAGCAUUAUUCUUCCAGUAGUGUCGUUGAAAUUUAUCGCUUCAUCGCGUUGUUUACAUUGUUACUGCUAAGAAAUAAAUCUGAAAAUCAUGAACGACAAUGAACUUGAACUCAAGAAUACUACACAAAAGUCUAAUCAACUGUUACAAAAUAUACAGACUAGUGCUGUAGGGCCAGGCAGAGUUGCUCCACCAAUUACCAUAACUUCUCCACCUCCUCUAAUAACAAAUCCUAAUAAUCCUCCCAACUUAGGUGUGCCGAGAAUCCAGAGAAGAAUUAUGCCAUCACAAUAUGCUAUGCCUAAUAUAAAUACGUAUGGUGGAGCAUACAAUAACUAUCCAUAUAGAGGCAUGACAAGUAUGAACAUGGGUGGAUUCAAUCCUUAUGGUGCAUAUGGGCAACCAACAAAUGGUCAAUAUCAAGAUCCAACUGUUAUUGCAGCAGCUGAAAGUUCUCGUCCAGCUUUUGAAUCAAUACAGGCUGUUGUUCAAUCGUUUAACUCAGUCAGUAUGAUGUUGGAAUCUACAUUUACUGCGAUGCACAUGUCUUUUCAAGCAUUAUUAGGUGUAGCUGAGAACUUUACUCGUCUAAAAACGUUUAUGAUGAAAUUAUAUUCAACUAUUGUAUCAUUCAAAUUAGCCCGUUGGUUUUUAACAAAACUUUUUUAUCUUUUAAGAAUGGUAAGAGGAGGUAAAGGAACAAAUACUGAAGAAGAUUUGUGGACAGCUUUAUCAUCAACAGAUCAUAAAGAAAUAAUUCCCUCCGAUGGACGAUCUUGGCCAUUAGUAGUUUUUUCUGGACUUUUAGUUGCUACACCAUAUUUUGUAUACAAAUUACUCAAUUCAGUAACACCUGUACCUAAUUCAACUCCAACUAACUCUAGUGUCGUUAACACUCUACCUUCAAACAUGACGGUUGGUGUUGCACAAUAUGAUUGGAGUAGUACGGAUCCAAAAACCAUUCCUUUGGUAAAAGGAAAGUCUUAUUUGACAUCUCAAGAACAUUUAGCAUCAGCUAGACAAACUGGAUGGCUCCUAGUUGAUAACUUUGAUAGGAAACAAGGAUAUGUACCUUUGAAUGCUUUUCAGACACGCCAACUUGAUAAUCGACCCGUAGUGUCUAAGGUACAAACUAUACCAAAUCCAAGUUCUGAUGUUGCACCAUCAAAUUCAGUUUCUGGACUAGUAAAACCUAAAUUAUCAACUCCAAUUACUGAUGUUCAUGGUAACCCAAUAACUUUACCACAUCCAUUGGUGGAUUGUGAUAAAUCUAACAUUGGUAAGCAGUGAUACUAAAAAAAAUAUUAUUUUAUUAUUAUUAGUUAUAUCUUUGUUAUGUGGUCUGACAAUGUCAUACAUGUAUUGUAAAAAAAAUGUUAUAAAAAAACUUGAUACAUUAAUAGGAAUUUGCUAUAAUGUUUAAGUAGACAUACAAUUUAUAUGGGUAAUGUUUUUUUUUUUUGUUAUUUUAAGAUUUUACUGUUAUCAUGUCUGAAACAUAUUAAACUCAACAAUGGUAUAAAUGUGUUACCAUAAUGUUUAGUAGUUCCACAUUAUACUUGUAAUUAUUUUUUUAUUUAACAUUUAGACAUUCAUUCCGUAUUUAUUUUUAUGGGAGUAGAUAAAUUGUAAUAAGACUCGUUUUAAAUUUAAAACUCAAAUAUUGUAAUUAUUAUUUUUUAGUACUAAAGAAAACGUUGUUGAUAAAUUUUAUUAUUAUAUCAUAUUUAUAUGUAUAUCAACAUUUUGAAAGAUAGAAUAUUAUUGAACUAUAAUAUUAUGUUGCUAUGUUACAUUUAUGCUUUUUAAUUUUUAUCGUGUAACAUUUUAAUACUAAUUUGUAUGUUAUACAAACUAUACAAAUUAAUUUUUAUUUUUAUUAAGACAAUUUUUUUAUAAACUACAAGUAUUGAUAUUUUGAAAAUAAUUAAAAAGAUUACCGAAUCCAAGUUUUAAUAA